AUGGCUGACACCACCCUCCCUAUCGGCGCUCUCUUACUGGGCAGCCUUCCUCUAUCCUCGAAUGAAGAAGUUCUUUCUACGAUGUGCCAGUCCCUCACAGGUCGCCUUAAGUACAUCCCAGAUGGUGAGACUGGCGAGAGAUAUAACUGGAUUCGUUGGGAAGCAAAAUGUUUCCCUUCGGAAGCACUGGAACCAUUCCUUGGGGGCGUACCUCUGCCCGAUGAUCAUGCAGGCUUCAGUCAAGAGGAUGUCAAACCAAGUCAAUUGGACCGAGUGGCUAUAGAGUUGUACGCAAAAUUCAAGGACUUCCGCAGCAAAGGAAUCAUCCCAGUUGAUGUGCGCUUCCAAGUCUGCCUUCCGACCCCAUUAUCAUGUAUUCAAGGUCACUGUCGUGCAGAUGUCCAAGCACAAAUUGAACCUUUCUAUGAGAAGCGGGUCUACGAUGCCAUGCAAUCAAUCGUGAAUACUAUUCCGGCCGAGGACCUCGCAAUUCAACUUGAUAUUUGCUUCGAGGUUAUUGCUUUGGAGUAUGAUCAAGUAAGAAUGAAAGAUGUCUUCUUCAAGCCUAACUGGAGUCCUGUUCGACAAGGAAUAAUCGAUAGAAUUCAAAGAAUGGCUGCGAUUGUUCCCAAUGAUGUUCCGCUGGGUAUUCAUCUUUGCUAUGGUGAUCUUGAUCACAAGCGUUUCAUUGAUCCAGAGGAUCUGAAACUUUCCGUUGAUUUUGCCAAUGAUCUGGCGAAAGCCCUUCAGCCACAUCAGAUUGACUGGCUUCAUGUUCAUGUUCCAAAAGAUAGAGAUGACGUGAAAUACUUUGAACCCCUAAGGGAACUUAACUUGGGUCAAAAUCGCGAUUUGUAUCUUGGUGUCAUUCAUUUUGACGACGAAGAGGGGGACUUGAGACGUAUCAAGGCCGCACAGGCUGUGGUCCCCAAUUUCGGGAUCGGGACUGAGUGUAGUAUUGGAAGGACUCCAGCGGAACAGCUCGAAAGUCUGCUACAGGCUACAAGGAAGGUAAGUCGUUCCUUGUCAGCGUCUGUCUGA